GUCCACUACCAAGUACCAUUGUACCAAUUGCAUUUUUGAUAUUUGAAACCGGAGUUAACCGGAUCGGUUUAGCAGCAAGGCAUCAACAUGUCUCUUCGUCGCAACUGCGAAGACUUGGGAUCUGUUGAUGAGAAAGAGAGAGAUGGGUCGAGCGAGGUCGAAGAUGGAUGUACUAUCAGCGAAAAUGAUGGUGAUGAUUCUGAUGUUGACGUCGACGAUCUCAGCAAAAGAGCAGCUGAGCUCUAAAGAAUGCGAGGAUCUAGGUUUUACCGGUCUUGCUCUCUGCUCCGAUUGCCACUCCCUCUCUGAAUACGUCAAGGACCAAGAGUUGGUAUCUGACUGCUUGAAAUGUUGCGCCGAUGAUUCUGAGGAUUCCAUGAGCAAGAUUACCUAUUCAGGCGCUAUAUUAGAGGUGUGUAUGAGAAAGUUGGUUUUCUAUCCUGAGAUUGUUGGUUUUAUUGAGGAAGAGAAAGAAAAGUUCCCCAGCGUUAAAGUUCAGUACAUUUUCAACUCACCACCCAAGUUGAUCAUGCUGGAUGAAGAUGGUGAACACAAGGAAACUAUAAGAAUCGACAACUGGAAACGCGAACAUCUGCUACAGUAUAUGCGGGAGAAGGUCAAGCCUACUUCAGCAAGUUAGUUUAGUCACUGAUCACUAUGUAGGGCUGAAUACUUCUGCCACAGAUCACUAAGUCACCGAUCCACUCAGCAUCAGCAUCAGCAUCAGCGAUCUUAUAAUUAAAAAACAUUGUAAUCGACUUAUCUUUACUUUCUCCAAGCUAUUUCGUCCCUCAGCAUCAGCAGUCUGUAUGUUCUGAACCUCUUUGCAAUCUUGUUGUUAAUGUCUUCUAUCGAAUGUUCUUAUGAAAGAGUAAUGUGAAUUUUGUGCUCAGCCGUUUGAUAUUAUUACAAGCAAAAAUAACCCAUAUCACCACCUUUCUUGUGUUAUGCUAUUUUCCUUCAACAGUGAAUUAUAUCUUGCG